AUGGCCGGCCCGUCCUCCUCACACUGGGCCGUCCCCCUCACACUGGGCCGUCCCCCUCACACUGGGCCGUCCCCCUCACACUGGGCCGCCCCCCCCUCACACUGGGCCGCCCCCCUCACACUGGGCCGCCCCCCUCACACACUGGGCCGCCCUCACACUGGGCCGCCCCCUCACACUCCGCCUCACACUGGGCUGCCCUCACACUGGGCUGCCCUCACACUGGGCUGCCUCACACUGGGCCGCCCCUCACACUGGGCUGCCCCCACACUGGGCUGCCUCACACUGGGGCCGCCCCCACACUGGGCUGCCUCACACUGGGCUGCCCCUACACUGGGCCGUCUCACACUGGGCUGCCCCCACACUGGGCUGCUGCCUCACACUGGGCUGCCCUCACACUGGGCUGCCCUCACACUGGGCUGCCUCACACUGGGCUGCCCCUCACACUGGGCUGCCCCUCACACUGGGCCGUCCCCCUCACACUGGGCCGUCCCCCUCACACUGGGCCGUCCCCCUCACACUGGGCCGUCCCCCUCACACUAUUACUACAUCGUGUACCCGAAGAAAUUGACCUUAUAA